CUCGCCAAGGACUUCAUUCGCCGACUGCUGGUCAAGGAUCCUAAGAAGAGAAUGACAAUCGAAGACAGUCUCCAGCAUCCCUGGAUCAAGGUGAUUAAGAGGCGUAAUGUUCGGCCUGAGGAGUGCGAGCGCAAGACAGAGCGCAGGCGUCUGAAGACCACCCGUCUGAAGGAGUACACCAUCAAAUCCCACUCCAGCAUGCCUCCCAACAACACCUACAUCAACUUUGAGCGCUUCUCCCAGGUCAUGGAGGAGAUCUCAGUGGCCGAGGAAGGCCUACGAGAGCUGGAGAAGAACCAGCGCUCCUGCGCUGAGGACGUGGCCGCUCUGCUCUCCAUCUAUGAGGAGAAAGAAAGCUGGUACAAGGAGGAGAACGAAAGCAUCGCUGCAGAUCUGAAUCAGAUCAAACAGGAGCUGCAGAGAGCACAAGCCCUGCGCAGACAGAGCCAGGAAGAGGCCCGCGCCGCCAUGCUGUCAGCCAAUGCCCUCAAACGCAAGUUUGGCCGGUUGGAGAACCGCUACGAAGUGCUCGCUGAGCAGAUGGUCUCCGAGGUGCGCUGGGUGGAAGAGCUGGUGCGCUCGAUUUCAGCUGAAAAUGACACU